GUUGUUCUAUCUUCAUCCAACUGCAGCUGAGGCUCAGAAUACAAUGCAUGAGUGGACUGACGUCACGCGUUUCCGGUCGUGGCACGCACGAUCCCCCGGCGGCGGCGUCGUCUCACUUGCAAUGUCCGCCUGCAUGCAGCUGUAUUCGUCUGCGACGAUCCCCCCAUCAGUUCUCUGCCAACGACACAUGCGAGAAGCCCUGCGCGCGCCCCUCUCCGAAUACAAAGCUAUCGCGCAGAUUGCUACUAGCCUUUCCCGCGCACGGACCCGCGCACGCAUGCGUGCGCGCUGCUAGACUGCAAGCUAUGAG